AUGGCUGUAAACGAAGAAUACUAUCAAAGACUAUCGUUGCCGCCUGUCCCACCGCUGCCAUCGCCCUCCUCCAUCAAAUCACCCACACGCCUCGUUUUUCAUCGACGAUACCAAGAAACCGAACAUGAAAAACAGCUGAGAGAGAUAAUAAGCCAAGUCAAUUGCGACGAUCUUCAACAGAGACUGAAAUUCGCCAUGGACAAGAUUGUCACUUGCUGGACAGACAAGCACGACGCCAUGAUUGACGCACUGGAUCAGCUGGAAAAGGCCAGAAAAAAGUUGGAACAUCGUUUCAACGUGCAAUCACAAAACUAUGAGCGUUCUCUGAGAGAGACACAGCUCUACAAGUCAAGAUUGGAGCAGCUGCAGCAACAAAAGGCGAUCUACAGCAGCCGAAGACGAUCCAUCCUAUCAAGCAAUGCAAGCUGCAUCUCAUCCAAAAGCUUCCUGUCAUCGUCGUCUGCACGAUCGUCGUCAUCUUGCUCUUCUUCUAUUCGACAAUCCUUCUCGCUGGCAGACGAAAUCAUUGAUCCCAUCCUAUUUGACAGCCACUUGCUUGUAGAUAGUGAUAACGAUGAAGAUAUUGAUACCAAUAAUAAUAACGCAUUUGAACCCUAUUCUGCCUUGUCUGAUCCUGGCCCUUCCACUUUGCCUCUCUCCCCCAACAUCACCCCUGUCCCCUCUCCCCUUUCCUUAAAGCCGCCUAUUAACGAUGGCAACAGCAGUGCAGCAAUAGCACCAGCUGCUAAGCAUCCUGAAACACCGCCAGAAGACAUUUUGACUUUUGCUUGCGGCGAUGGCUUUUGGAACACGAUUGCAAGGGGUAAAGCAGACAAGGCAGGUGUGGAUGCGCUUGUAGGCAACUACAUUCGCCGUGGUGGAAAUCCAAAUGUUGCAAAGAAUUCAGAUUCUGUCAAGAGCGUAAAAGAGGGAUAUGGUCUCAUUCAUGCAUUGAUUGCAGUCAAAAACACAUCCGCUUUACAGAGAGUCAUUGACGCAGGAGCGAAAACAAGCGUCUACCCACUGACAUCCAAGAAGGAGGACAGGAUCACUCCUAUUGUACUGGCAGCUAAAUUAGGCUAUAUGAAUGGUGUUCGGUUACUGAAAGAACACGGCGAUGCCAGCAUACUGAAUGACCGAGGACCCUACGGAGAAAAUGCACUUCAUGCCGCUGUUCAGAGUGGAUCAGAUGAGAUGGCAGGCUACAUACUGAGACUAUCUCAGAAUGCACUGCUGGACAUGGCAGACGACAAUGGAGCUACACCGCUGCAUUAUGCCUGUAUCACCGGCAAGACUCGUCUUAUCACCUUGUUUGUCAGAGACUGUCAAGCCAAACCAGACCCAAGAGACAAGAAGGGCGAAACUCCACUCCACUAUGCUGUUCGCAAUCGAAAGCUAAAAGUGAUUGCUAAACUGGUUGGAGAGUUGGGUGUGUAUCCAAACCCUUACAUAUUGAAACAGGUGCCAACCCCACUGGAUCUUGCUAAAUCAGGAGGGCUCAAGACCAUUGCUGAGUACCUUAGACGUGUGGGUGCAAAGACGACCAAGGAAAUGGAGAAGGCGAGUCGCAACAAUGGCGCAACCAACACACAUUCUGUCCAUAGCAGUAAUAGUAGCACAUUCAGUGGUGAGAGCAGUGCGAGUGGCGAUAGUCAUAGUAGUCCGUCCACCGCUGUCGUAGGCGUCAGACAAUAUCUCCAUACCAAAACUUCUCAAAUCUUACGAGGCACCUUUGAUUUAUAA